AUGGAGGGCAGCCAUCCAGUUGUCGCAGCUUCGGUCUUGCCAAAACAGCUGUCAUCUCUGCUGCCUAUCAAGAGGGUUUCUUUGGAUCAAGCGAGGAAACUGCUGUUUUUUCAUGAUCUACAAAGUAUCCCUCCUUCUUCACCAUCCCUCCAGGGUGGCUUUGACCCUAUAGAGUCUCCUAGCAAGCAAGUAUUGGCUGGGUUUUGUGAUGCUCCGUGGAGCGCCACUAUCCCAUAUCCAUCCUGCUGCGACACCGAUUCCUGGAACUUUGCAUCAAAAAUGGAAGAGAUACUGUCUCUAGUGAAACAAAUGCAAAACGUAGGAAAUCUAGAGCCAAAAAUAGAAGAUCUAGUAAAAAGAAUUAAUAAAUUGCAGCAAGCCAAGAAGAUAUUAAAUGAAGAGAUUUCUGAGACAAAUAAACACAGUAAAACACUUCAUAUAGAGCUGGAAAAGUUGAAUGCUGAGAAGUCAAGCCUUGAAGAAAUAUGGAAUGAGAAAAAGGAGAUAAAAAAAGUCAUGCAGAUGCAUUCAGAGGAGACACAAGCUGAAAUGCAGAGGGAACAGAAAUUGAACCGGGACUGUAAGCAACAAAUUGAAGAAAUCACAGCCAAGAUUCAGAUGGAAAAGCUGAAGCAGAGGGAGCAGAGAUUCGCAUUUGAGCAGUUACUUGAUGAGUUGAUGGAGAAGCACAAGAAUCUCUGGGAACUUUAUGCCAGGGAGAAACCAGUGGCUGACAUGAAAGUGAAUAAGGAGCAGUUACUACUUGAAGAAAAAUUAAUCCAAGAGAAACUGGCUCAUGUUCAAGAUGAACUGGAUUUGCUGAGUCAGGUUGCAUUUAGUGAAAAGAGGAAGUUUCUGAAAAGUCAGGCAGCUGCAUCUGCUGUGGAGUUAUUUCAAGAGGAAAACAAAAAAGCAAAAGAAUAUCUUGAAGCAGCCUCGAAGUACAAUUCUGACUUGCAAGAGAAAUGCAGCAAGUUAAGAAUAGAGCUGGAGGUCUUUGGGAUGGAGGAUGACAACAUUAAUGAAGAUUAGCUAGUAGUCCACCAUACUGCUGCACAGGAGGAAAUGUUUGUGUGUGCAACAGGAGCUUUUUCUUGAGCAGUGAGAGAAAUCAUCCCAGUGGAAUAUUGGAUGCCUUGCUUCACUCUUAAAUUUGUGGCAAACCAUUUGCUGUUAAUAAAUUUCUGUUACC